GGGGGGAGGGGAAGGAAUUAUGGACAGUCAGGAGAAAAAGUAGCUCGGAGCCGAGGAAAUGGUGCCAAGGAGGGGAAUUUAGCCGGGAUCAAUAAAGGGAUAAAUAGAACUCCCUUCCCUUUCCUCCAGCAGAGAGAGACCGAGAGAGCCUCGCUGGUUCGUCGGCAACGUGCUUGUACCCCCCUCCCCUUUUCCAUGGGGUUUUUUUAAUAUUUUUUAAUUUUUUUUCCUCCCCUUUCUGCCUCGCCCCGAGCUGAAAACUGAUUACAGGUUGCUUAUCGACUCCGCCACGAUUUCACCCCUUCCAGCCGAGCUCGCGCGGGGUUUUAUACGGCAUCAAUUAUUUAUCAUAUUUUAUAAAUCCAGCCGCACAGUCCCGUGCCCCCGAGGAGGGGGCGGCCGGCGAUUGGCGCCGGAGCGGCCACGUGCCCGCGCGUCACCGGGGCCGGGAGGAAAAAGGCUCUUUUUGGUGUAAAUCUGGACUCUAAUUCCCUAAUAUAUCACGGUACCUCGUAAAACCGACACUAAAACGUCCCGACCUACAAAUCACCCGGCCAAAUUAUGAGUUCAUUGUAUUAUGCCAACGCUUUAUUUUCUAAAUAUCAAGCCGCAAGUUCGGUUUUCCCAUCCGGAGUCUUUCCCGAGCAAACUUCUUGCGCUUUCGCCUCCAGCAGCCAACGCGCGGGCUAUGGGGCCGCAUCCACGCCUCCCUUCGCCGCCUCCAUGCCCGGCCUCUACUCGGGCGGCAGCUCCGUGCACCCCCAGCCCCCCAGCGUGUACCCCUCGGGCUACGGCCUGGAGGCCGGCUCCUUCAACGUGCCCUGCUCGCCUUUCGAGCAGAACCUCUCCGUGAUGUGCCCGGGAGACGCCUCCAAGGCGAGCUGCGGCAAAGCGGAGCCCAGGGACGGCGAGCUGCAGGGAGACGGCAACUUCCGAAUCUACCCCUGGAUGAGGAGCACAGGGACGGACAGAAAACGCGGCCGGCAGACCUACACCCGCUACCAGACGCUGGAGCUGGAGAAGGAGUUCCACUACAACCGCUACCUGACGAGGAGGAGGCGCAUCGAGAUCGCGCACUCGCUGUGCCUGAGCGAGCGCCAGAUCAAGAUCUGGUUCCAGAACCGCCGCAUGAAGUGGAAAAAGGAGAAUAAAAGCGCCUGCCCCGGCUCCGCAGGGCAGGAAAAGGCAGAGGCCGAGGAGGAUGAGGAGGAGUGAGGUGGAUGAAGGAAAGGGAAAAGGGGGGGGAAAGGCAGAAACGCGCGUUAAAACCAUGGGGGAAAAAAAAGGACUUUGUAUAAAAAUAAAUGAUCGGCGCGCGCGGCGUGAAACCCCUUGCGAUCGGUGACACCGAGGAGAAAAAAAAAUACUACCUAUAUCCGAGUGUUUUUUGGGUUGUUUUCUUCUUUUUGUACGAUAUCUACCUACUGGAUGUGGCUUUAGAGUCGGGAUCGACGCGUUUUUCCCUUCCUCUAGCAGCAGUCAUUCGUCAAUUUGUCCUUUGUGGUUAUUUUUUAUUUUUUAGGGGGGGGGUUGAUGAAGUAACGUGGUCGUGUUUAGCACCUUUCAUUUAGAAAUUGUGACCCCGAAAGGCCGAAUGCGAAUUUCGUUUAGCGCGUAGAGUCCUGUACAUAACACGAAUUAUUAUUAUUAUAAUUAUUAUUAUUAUUAUUAUUAUUCCUCCUUCCUCCCUGGAUCCUCUGCGCUCCUUUUCUCCUUGCCGCGCUCUUUUGUCUGUGGAUAUUUUUACCUUCGUUGUCGGAGCCUCUAAGGAGAAGAAAAAAGGAAAGAAAAAAAUUAAUUAAAAAAAGAGAAAAAAGCAGAGGAAUCAAUAUCGUGCUGCGUCAAAUGUUGUAUAUCGAAGUAGCAAAUUAUUUAAUGGCGGCGCGUUGCUUUUUUGUUAUUAUUAAUAAUGAUGAUGAUGAUUUUCCUUCGUCUGUGAUUAUUAUUCUUGGAAAUAAAAAGGAGAUCCACCAUCCGCAGCGCCGUGGGUGCCUCCCUCCUUGGCUGAUUAAAAACAAAAUAAAAACCCCGCUUUAUUUUUUUGGAACGGCUUUGAAAGAAAGGCGGUGAAAAAUCUCCUUUUACACCCAAAUUUCUCUCCUUUUCCACCCAAAUUUCUCUCCUUUUCCACCCCAGAUCUCGGCGAAUUUCCUGAGAAAUAAUUGAUUUUCGGGGCUCUGCCAGCGCGGGCUGGGCUCUCUCCCCUCUCUCCCUCUGGGGUUAUUUCUGAGGAAGGCAAAAAGGGAAAAAAACACCAAAAAAAAGGGAUUUAAAGAACCCACAACGGCCCCAAAUAAUCUCCUCGCUUCGGUUCUCUCCCUCUCCGAACCCAUUCCUUGGGCCGAUUUAUUUAUUUCUUAUUU